GCGUCGUAGCGGGUAUGGUUUGACUGCCAAGGAAAGCAUCAUCCUAGUUUUCAGCGGUUUGCGAGGCGCUGUUGGUCUGGCAAUGGCUAUAUUGGUGGAAAGUGAUACGAGCGCCACUGUUUUGCCUAUGGAUGUCGUUUUUUCUCCCAUUGUUUGAACAGACCAUCGAGGCUGUCCCUUACCACUUUCAUAAAGUUGUAGAUGUUAUAAUGGGGGCCUCGAUGGUCUGGCUAGAUGGAAUAGAUGCCAUUCUUUCAUAUUGCCACUAGAAACUCGCGCAAGAAUUGCGUUCCACGUUUCCGGCAUAGCUCUGCUCACGAUCUUCAUCAAUGGUACUGCGAUCACCCCAUUUUACCACUGGCUAGAAGUGUACGCCGAACCUAAGCACCGUUCUCUACUACUAUUAAGGCUUACACCAGUAAUCCAACAUCUUCAGAAGGAGCUGCCUCUUUGACGACGCCUUUUUUAAGGGGACGAGAGUACGAUAGAGAUGCUCGUCUUCAAGAAGAUGAAUAAAAGUAAGCUAAGGUCAUCUAAUGCUGCAUCGCGCGCUGACGCAAGCGGAGAUUCUGUCGAAGAAUCAGUCUAGACAGAUGAAGCGGCAUUGGUUCUUCCACAAUUGCAAUUUCGAGAUUCUCGAGAUGCUAGUGCCGCAACUCCAUCGACUCUUCAAAAGCGGGUCUGCUGCUUCGGUGUCGAACCUCUCCGAAAGCAACAAAGCCCAAAUUACCGAUAAGCGCAUCCAGAAAUUGAUGAUGCAACUGGCUUCGAUGUUGAACAUCGACAAGGAGAACCGCUAUCGUGCGAAGAUUUUGUUUGUUAAGGCUACUAGUACUACCGCGGUAGGAGGAGGAGCAUCAGCAUGCUCAGCAUCCUCGUCUUCGUUCCUGACUCUUUUUCUACUUGAAAGCGAACAAGAACGUCCCCCUCAACAAGUACAAAAAUCACAUCACGACAAUCAAGGACAGUCAUGGACAUCUUCUUACACUGAAAAUAAAGAAGCACCCAAGCCCAAGGAUAUGCAUCUCGAGGAAGAUGCGACACAGCGGUAGCUCUAAGCUUGCGUCAGAAUUAGCGUCAGUGCGCGGAUUAUCUCUUUGCACGCAACGGGAAUUAUUAAAUGCUACCGAUUUGCGGGACAAUUUGUAUCACGCUCAGUACGAGAACAAAAUUGUUGGCGGCUCCAAAGGACCGACUAGUGGCACGAAUCUCCAUUCGUCCAACAACGGAGGUGGCGGGAUCAACCAUGGCCCUUCAGAUUGCAAUUUUCAAAGCUCGAAUCUGAGCUUAGCCGGAGGAGGAGGAGGUCAACAUCUUCGAGGUCAAGGUUCUAGACCGGGCGUUGGCUCCUCUUGCAAGUACGCCAGAAAUGCGAAGACGCCCUUAGUUUGGUCCGGUAAGAAGAAGAAUUUCGAAUUCCCACUCAAGUCUCAGGCUUCUGUUUUAGAAGGCUUGUGUAAUUUGCAGCAGGAAAGGGAUCAGACGAGUCGUGACCGAUUUAGCCACAGCAAACUGCGCUCUGUAGCGAAGGAACUGCAUGCGGAGCUGGAAAAAGAGAGACCUGACAGUGUGGAGAUGACAACAAUGGAAGCAAUAGGUGAAGUCGAAGAUACUGGAAAAAGUUCAGCAUAUUCUGCAAAGGUGGAUAAUCAAAUUGGCUUCGGUGGAGGUACAGAAGUGCUAAACUCUUCUUCCGGAGGAUCUACUUCUACUACAUCUGCACUAGUACCAGCAGGCAUCGGAUCACGACGCGCGGGCGGAAAUGCACCCGCCCAGGUUGUAUCUGGGAGAAGCACGGGUGGCAUUAUAUGUACAGCCUCGAGCAACAUCAAGAUAUCAGCAAAUUCAGCUACCGUAUCUGUCGCUGCGUCAGAGCAGUCGGCUGUAGCUGUGCAUAGACCAUUGUCUGAUGAUGAAGAUUCAGACGUUGGCAGGUCGCCGAGAGGUACGAUUAUAGAAGAGGCUGGUGUGGGUCGAGAACACAGCGACUCUCACGACAGAACAACGGACGGGACGUCUUUGCCUGUGGGACAAGGAUCCGAGGUGGUCGUUGAUGGGCCAUUGUUGGUUGCUAGAGGAGAGAGAAUUACUUAAGGCUAUCAACAUUGAAAUGAAAAGCUGAUAACAUGACGAAGAUUAUAUAUCACAUGAAGACUUGACUUCAGGAGACGAGGACCACCUUUUAUUUUCCUCUCUAAUCCAAAGCCCGCUCCACCGCCUCGCCUUCUCGGAUAGAUCGCGCUUCUGUCGCGGCAUUAGGGAGAACGUCAGAUGAUAUCCGGAGGGAUCUAGAUCGAUGGACAACGCAUUUAAUCCGACAGAGCUGUACUGCAGGUGACGUCGAGUCCAGAGCUUCGCAAGAGCAGCGACAGAGCGGACUGCAAUACCUGUUAAGGCAAUAGCUUGACGAGUAUGAGUUUGUUGCUGUUUCUUAGUUCAGAAAAAAGACGCGAACAGCAACAAGGAAUAUUGCUUGUGGAUGAAGAAGGUGGAUGUAGGACAAGCUUUUUACUACCUCUAACUCCCGAAGGAAUCGAAGCACUACAGCCUGGGGUCACCGAUGCGAUUAUCAAAGCUGCAGAUGCUUUGCCGCAGAACGCUCCACGAAAUUUUACGUCGAUAUUACAAUUCUUUGGAGGUAAGGGAGUACCUCUUUCGCCAGAAAAAGGAGAGGAAACGGAAAGCGGACAAAGAGGAAAGCGUAGUCGGCAUGGGAGGUAUGAAAAGAAGAUGGAGUUUGUCUGAUUUGAAUGAAGCUUCCAGACUCGUUGUAACGAUUCGUUGCUACAAAUCGAUCAUAAUCCUAGCUCUGUCUCCUCGUUCAUUCCCAUCGGCGACUCGACGCAAUCGAGAGCAGUUUCGAUAACAGUGAUUCUUCCAGUGACGAACGAAAAAUUGAUGAAGCGAAGUCGAAAGGGGCGGCCACCUGUAUCAGUGACGACGAUGAGCUUCAGGUUCAAGGUCCCUCCACACAAAUCAAUUCGACCAACAAGUUAGGCGGACCAGCAGGAACAACUACUACCUGUAGUAAAGGCAUUCUGGUACAUCACAAAGCAGGAGACCAAACAGGAAGUGCUGAGUGCGGUGGUGAGCGAAAGUCUGUGCGGAUUAGCGUCGUUGGAGGACUUGUAUUGCCGAAGGAACUAGCGGCGACGUCAACACCGAAAAAUGGAGAGCAUGGGAAUUCACAGAUUAUGUUUUGGAGCUUCUUUGCUGAUGACAAAAAUUAGAUUUUCCAUGACCACAUCUACUUCUUCAUCUUCCGAUCUUUGGGUAUCAUUGCGACUUUCAUUGCUCUCUUCCUCUUGCUUCUCUCUACUGUGUAGUGCAUUUGCAACUCCACUAAUCUCCCCGCUCAAGUAGUCCCAGCAGUUGCCACCGGGACGCCUCUGAUGCAUUUGCCUACUGACGUUGGCGGACAGCAUCCGCCUAUUGUUGAGGGUGAGCCAUUGAUUUUACCACAAUUGCAGAGUUUAACGGAUUUGCAGGGAGACCGUGACUCAACAGCUCAUCGUGAUGGUCCUGCCGUUCCUGGCUACACGCCUCUCCCGGAGACUUUUCGACGUUACUCGGUCUCCAGGUGUGCUCCUAGCAGGUUGAGUAAUCGGCUCUCAGCCACACAGUUCAUGUCUCCGGCAUUUACGACGGCUUGUCGACGCAAUAGCGUGGAUUUGAGCGGGGCAGCGCAUGGCGGAAAUCACGAGGGCAGUUCGAAAGAUAUGUAGUCGGGGUCAUUUUAAUGUGAGUGAAGCACGAAGAUUUUUUUUUUUUUUGAAUUUUGCAACUCUUGAGGCAUGCAACUUUCUUUCUCAUACCAUAGGCAAGACCGACUUAGCCUUGAUACCCCAUACCCCCAAUUACAUGAUCUCUUUGCCUUCAUACCAAGCGAUCAAUCUUUUGAGAUGCAUAUUAGUACCUCGCGGGACGAAGGCGCAGACUUGCUAGGCGAAGCUAGUGACCGGGUCAGCGACAUGAAGGACACAUGGACAAAUAGGAAUAGCAGGAACGAUGGGACGAGCGCUCUACAAGGAGGUGGCGUCGGAGCUGUUGGUAGAGGUAGUGUGACAAUCCAGAUGUCCUUGCUCAAUGUUCGCCAGGCCAUAACGCACGAUAUCAACACAGCAGCAGAACUCUAUCAGACGAUUCUGGAUGGAUCGAUUGCUGGAUACACGGAACUAUACGAGCUAGAGUUGAUUUCGGAAUUGGCUUAUCGCGCAUUGAUGGAGUCUUUUGAAUACGCUCAGGAGGCUGUCCAGGGAGAAUUGCAGGGGUACGACUUUUUGCGCCCACACUUCCCUGAAUUACAUGAGCAAUCGCAUCGAGUGCAAACCGAGGCAAGCUUGGAUUAAGGCUAGAUUUCUAGACUUUCAACAAUGAUUCAGGAUCUCUGUCUAGCCAUCCAUCUAUUUACUUAUCUGUCUGUCACUUACAGUUCAUUGUGGCCCGACCUGGUUAGCUCGCUCGCUCUCUAUCUUCUUCUAAUUCAAGGUUUUCUGGGAAUGCCUCCUGCAUAGUUUGGAGCAUGGAGUUGGAAUGCGAUGGAAAGCGUCUAAGUGGAUGUCCCUUCAUUUUGGACAUUGUUGGAGUACUAUUUAUUUUAUUGACAACGGAUCUUAGAUCUAAUUUUUGUUGACAAGAGAUCUCAUUGUAGUUCGAGUACUACAUUUUAUUCAAAAAUAAUUGCCUUUGACAUUUAUUACCGUUGGAGUUCUAGUUCUCGCAGCUUGAUUUGUUAGCAUAGAGAUGCAAUGAGUCAUGUGAUGAUCACGAUGACGAAUGAUCGUGAUUUUGAUCUCAUCAUCUUCGCCUUUUCAGGUGAACGCACCUUGCUCCGUCAAAAGUGGCUGUACACGAAGCGCCAGUUCGAAGCGAUUUUUUCUUUCAUUAAGGCAACACCAACAAGCGAUAAAUUCGUACUCGGUUCUUAGAAGUAGUAGGACCAGAAGGAUAACGAUACUACGGCGACGACGUGGGGAAAUGCACACGAUUUGUCUUUUGCUUUCAUCUGAAGAUACCAAGGGAUACCUCCAACACGAGUCACUGACAAACUAAGCAGUCAGAAAAACAACUGCUCUAAUUUGCUCAUCGUGAACGAAACUUUGAUAGAGGAGUUGCCUGUCUUCGAUGACUUUCCGCAUAUCAAGAACUCGUUAAACCACUUGCUGGAGCAAGCCAUUGCGGAGAAUUUGUAUCAUUUGCAUAAGACGAGCCCAGAGAUCUUCAUCAUGAUGGAGCAUGUUCUUAUGGACUACAGCAUUGACUAUUGAAUAAGUAGUAAUAAAUAACUGAUGCACCUGCAUUAUGAGUAUAAUGCCUAAAUGAAAGAACUAUAUUUAAUCUUGCAUGAAAUUGCUCGUCCUCAUAAGCUUCAUCGUGUAGCGUCAGACUCGGUUGAUCAGUUUCUUCGCCUCUCUGAGUUUGACUUGACUUAUCUUAUCCCAUCCGCAUCUCUGUGAACCCCUUUCAUCUCCCUCGCCGCUCGUUUACUUCUGAUUAACAAGCGAGUUACCUUGCAGCACUUGGAGAAAGAAGGGGUGAUGAAGAGUCAAGACGUGACGCACAUUCUGUCAACAUUAAGGCUUGAUAAAAUCCGUCCUCCCCAUCAUCUAUCUACAUCUUGGUCCUCGUUUCUGCUGGUGAGAGGAACGACCGACUCGCCAAGAUGCUGGCGGAGAUGGAUUGAGUCAAAGUCUAACCACAGUCGUGGAGCCGAGUUUCAAAAAAUUGACGCACUUUAUCCCGGAUAUGGCCAUGAUGGAUUUGAUGAAAGCAAUAUCAAAUCCAGGGAUGCAACUGUCAUUCUGAGUGAAGGAUUGUAUGCUGGGAAUGUGGUUGUCUUCCUGAGUGAAUCGUACUUAGGCGAUGCAGCUGUCCUUCUGAAGAGGAUUUUGCGUAUAUUGAAAACGGAGCUGAGUUUCUGAGGAAGGACCAGCCUGAAGCUUUUUUGCACUGUAAUUCAGUACCAUAGUUAGAUGAACUGCUUGCGUUAAAUAGCAACAGAGAGGCUCUGUUCAUGUUGUCUGUGAAGAGUAGUAGGCUACUCGUUUUCUGCGGCUGUUGUGCAGGCUUUCUUCUGAACAAGGGACAAAAGGAAGUGCAAAAAGCAUUGUUGAAAAAGAGGGGAAACGACGUGGAAGCGCCCGCUCAAAGUGAGCAACUUGAGGCCUUGCUGUACUAGUGGAUCAUAAGUCACCACGACCCAUUGAAUUAGGGUAGUCCAGUACUAUUUUUCUGUAUCUCUCCGCAUGUAGUCAAUAACUUCAAAAAGCAUAAGGAAGUAUCUCAUUCAUUUAAUAUUUGAUUUUUCUCCUCAAUUACUACUGCUCACUCCUGCUAAGUUAGGAGUACUAAAAACCGAUCAACAAACAUAUGGUAGAAUUGCCGUAGUGCAAUGCACCCUUAGAACCACGCUUGCCUCUAUAAUUCAAACGAGGUUUACUCUGGAUAUCAUGAGACUGUAUACCAAAGUCUGCAAGUCUGCGAAGCACAGAUUUCAUCGUGACGAGGGUCCUCGUACUAAAAACUUUAGAACAAG